UUGGUACCGGAUGAGAAAUGGAACUUAUCACCGGCGGUUUUAAAAACUUUACAAAGACGAUUACUUUUCGAACGUGAUAAUCCUCUCAGCCUGCUCAAACAGCGCAUUGUCAGCUUCAUGUACAGCAAAUUCCAGGUGAAAGGUGGAUUAUCUCCCAUGUUCGCUGUUGUUGAUAAUCAGCCACGUGUGGUUUCCGUAUUUGAGAAUUUUGAUUCGUUGCUUGUACCGUGGGAUCACGUCAGUCGAUCGGAUCUCGAUACCUAUUACGUCAAUAAGGACCACUGCUUGAGAGCACACACAUCUGCCCAUCAGCACUCGCUUAUCAAGCAAGGCCUGGAUAAUUUCCUGGUUAUUGGUGACGUUUAUCGACGUGAUGCUAUUGACAGAACUCAUUUUCCAUGUUUCCAUCAAGUUGAGGGUGUUCGUCUCUUCACUGCGACUGAAUUAUUCGGUGACCCUGAUAAACUCGCCAUUUUGCAGAAAACUCUCCUUACGAACGGUCUACGAACUGCGGAAGGCCAGGAACAGCACGCAGGCGAUGUGACGCAGCUUCUGACAAAAGACUUAAAGGAAACACUGGAGAAUCUGUGUGGGCACAUAUUCGGCAGUGAGCAUAAGCUGAGGUGGGUGAGUGCUGAGUUCCCGUUCACACAUCCGUCGUUCGAGCUUGAAAUGUAUUAUGACAACAAAUGGAUGGAAGUGCUUGGCUGUGGUGUUAUCGAGCAAAAUCUCCUUAAAAUGGCUGGCAUCGUUGAUAGGGUUGGUUGGGCAUUUGGCCUUGGUCUCGAACGACUUGCCAUGAUCCUGUAUGAAAUCCCGGAUAUUCGUUUAUUCUGGAGCCGUGAUUCCGGUUUCCUGUCACAGUUUGCUGGUAAAUCGCCAAAUGAUGAUAUUAAAUAUGUCCCAGUUAGCGUUCAUCCGCAAAUACUGUAUGAUUUAUCGUUUUGGCUUCCAGAGGGUAUUAGCCCAGAAGCAAUGGUCGCGGAAACAUACGAUCUGAUACGCUCUUUAGGUGGCGAACUCAUUGAGCAGGUGAAAGUAACGGAUACAUACAUGCAUCCAAAAACGAUGAGAAGAAGUCAGACCUAUCGUUUGGUUUAUCGAAGUCAUUCAGGUACCCUCACCAAAGAAGACGUGAAUCCGAUUCAUUCGCUUAUUAGGGAGAAAUUAGUCGAAAGUUUUGGUGUUACAUUGCGAUGA